UUCAUAAAACAUUUAAGUGGAUAUCAGAAAAUAUUUCCGGUUAUUUGUUAAGAUAACACAGCUAAAAUAUAGUACCAAAUAUAUAUACGUAUUACUUAACGAAUAUUUUGUUAAUAACAGUACUGAUAUAGAAUUAUCAGCUCUUUCGCGUCCUGUGCUCUUGUUUUUGCUGUUCCCGGCUGGACUUUCCAGCAGAAACAUUGAUAGUAUUAAAAAAAAAACUAUUACAUGUUGAAAGUGAAACAAUUUGUUGAUUUUAUGCUUCCUUGCAGUGUUGCAUAAAGUUACUGAAGAAGAAUUAUAAAGGCCCCGUUUUGUGAAAUAAUCAUUGCCAGUAUGCGCAAGAUACGUCGUCGUUUCGCUUAUAAAAUUGCCGCUUUAUUAUUUGUACUCACAGUGGCUAUUUUUCUGUUUUUUACUGGACCAAAGGAAAUGGAUCGUUCUGAGAAAAUUUUAAUCAUUGAGCGUUCUAUACGCUCGCCUAUGAAUCGUGGCGAAUGUCGUCUACCCCAACUGCCAGUAGAUGACCCAGAAGUAAUGAAGUACUACCAUCCGGUUGAGAAAAUCAAUUGUGGCAAUAUACUGGAUGAUUGGGUCACAUGUGAGAAAUCGAUUUGCUUUGUUAAACCGGAAAUAAGUGCCACACAAGGUGAAGUCAUUUGUACUUAUACGGAUGUGAUACGCAGCACGGAUUACAAGAGCAAAUAUGGCAAAUCGACAAAAACUAAAGAGCCAUAUAUUUUGCGCGCAAGUGACUUUGUAAAGGUUGUCUGUCAUAGUUCCACGUCUGGUAACAGCUGGUAUGGCAUGGCCUACGGCAUACGCGAUGGAGUUGCUGUGAAGCCACAAACACCGCCUAAGCUACCCAUUUAUGCCGGACUUGCAGGUGCAGGCGUUGCCGAGAUGGCUGCUGACGAGGACAGCAACCCCUCAUUCUCGAAGCAUUUUAACAUACUUAUGUUGGGUUUCGAUUCGCUCAGCCGCAAUGCUUUUCAGCGCAAAUUACCCAAAACGUACGCAUACCUUGUGAAGGAGUUAAAGACCAUUGUUUUACAAGGUUACAACAUUGUAGGUGAUGGCACGCCACAGGCAUUAGUACCAUUACUGACCGGCUACACUGAAUUGGAGUUGCCAGAGACACGUACACGCAUGUCGAAUGCAAUGAACGUCGAUGUUUAUCCGAUGAUUUGGAAAGAGUAUGCGCAUAAUGGCUACUAUACUUCGUUUAAUGAGGAUGUGCCAAAUAUUGGCACUUUCACAUAUCGCAUGAAAGGAUUCACUGAACAACCAGUCGAUCACUAUUUGCGUACGCUUUACUUGGAAGCGCCAAACAUGUGGAAUUGCUGCGCAAAACACUGCAUCGGUCAUCAACCAGAUCAUGCUGUUAUGCUGGAUUACACUAAAAAUUUUAUGCUCAAAUACAAAGAUUCGCCCCGUUUUGUGUUUAGUUUUCAUGGCGGACUGUCACAUGAUUCCAUUAAUUUGAUAGGUGCAGCCGAUGAUGAAGUAAUUUCUUGGCUUCGCUUUUUGAAAGAGACACAUUUGUUAGACAAUACAAUACUUAUUAUGAUGUCGGAUCAUGGCAAUAGAUUUGCACAAGUGCGCGCCACACUACAGGGCAAGCAAGAGGAGCGUUUGCCUUUCUUCAGCUUCACGUUUCCAAAAACUUUUCAAGACCGGUUUCCACAACAAUAUGCCAAUUUCGUGGCAAAUGCUAAUUAUUUGACCACACCAUUUGACGUACACGCUACGCUCCAACAUCUUCUGGUACUCCAAACUGAGGAUGCCCAAGCGGACAAUGUAAUUUCGGAUUAUCAUACACAGCCAGCAUCAACAGAAGACUUAGUGUCUACUGAGUAUAAACAACUUGCAGAAAAACGUGCGAUUUCACUUUUCGAAGUAAUACCAAAGAAUCGAUCCUGCAGCGAUGCCUACAUCGAACCACACUGGUGUGCUUGUCUUAAUUGGCAGCGACUUUCACUCAAUGAAAGUGAACCACACUCACCAAUUUUGCUUAAGGCGGCUGACAGUAUUGUAACGACCAUUAACGAUUUAACCAAACCUUACCGUAAUCUUUGCGCGCCACUAGAACUGGAACGCAUCAAUUGGGCAUUACGGCUGCGCCCUCAUAAUGAGCUCCUAACUUACAAGCAAAAUAGCGACAAGGACGGCUAUGUGGCAGAUAUGAGCGAUAAAAUGCGCAUGCAUGAGGAGUUAUUUCAAUUGCAGAUUAUGGUCUCGCCGGGAGAAUCGCUUUUCGAGGCGAGCAUUACAUAUGAACUGAACACUUUCCAGAUGCACACAAAGGCCACAGAUAUAUCCCGCGUAAAUAAGUAUGGUGAUCAAGCGAAUUGCAUAUACGAGCUUAAUCCAGAAUUGCGAAAAUAUUGCUAUUGUAGAUCAUUAUGAAGCAACAGUUAAUGAAAAACAAAAACAGCUGAUAUAGCGUUAUUUAGUAUUGCCUCAGUAUUUGCCAACCGAAAAUUAUUAUUAGUUAUGAAAUCAAAAAUUAAAAAUCGGCAAAAUCAAAUUUUUUCGGAGUAUUGGACCAAACUAAUUUUGUUUUUAAGAGAUUGAGUCAUAAGUAAGAAAGUAAUUUCUUCGUUGGUGUAGUAUUGGACUUAAAACCUAACGAAAAUGUGCUGGAUUUCUCGCGAUUUCUUUCCGAAAUCGAAAUUGCAAGUGAUAAACGGUUCACUAGACAAGGCUAGUUUAUAGCAGCACUUGUUCGGGAAAAACCCGAUUCAUUCCGGUAACGUAGAACUGGCUGCCAUGGGAAUGAAAUUGCAAGUUGCACGAGUGAGUUUGGUGUGUGAUGAAAUUCACGCAAUUUCGAUGAGCUUCGAAGUUAAAUCUGAAAUAGCUGAUUGAUUAAAUAAUGACUUUUAUGCAACUUAUAUUAAAUAUUAACAUUAGCACGCUUGCAGAUA